GUAUCGGGAGUCAUCCGGUGCCAUCCGGAGCUGCCUGACGCCCUAGGGCCCGCCAGGGACCCCAGGCGGCUCUGGAGAAGGCGCCGGGGCUCACGACUGGGGAUGGGGGAGCGGAGGGUGCCGAGGUCUGGAGGGAGGAGCCGGGGGAGUGGGGGCCCUGAAGCUGGGGUGGCCGGAGUGCCUGGGCUGCCCGGCCGCUGACCACGAGCCGCCCCCAGACCGCCGUCAUGGGCCGCGUGAUCCGUGGGCAGAGGAAGGGUGCCGGCUCCGUGUUCCGUGCGCACGUGAAGCAUCGAAAGGGCGCCGCGCGUCUGCGCGCCGUGGACUUUGCCGAGCGACACGGCUACAUCAAGGGCAUCGUGAAGGAUAUCAUCCACGACCCGGGCCGCGGCGCUCCCCUUGCCAAGGUGGUCUUCCGGGAUCCGUACCGUUUUAAGAAGCGGACGGAGCUGUUCAUCGCCGCCGAGGGCAUCCACACCGGCCAGUUCGUGUACUGCGGCAAGAAGGCCCAGCUCAACAUUGGCAAUGUGCUCCCGGUGGGUACCAUGCCCGAGGGCACUAUCGUGUGUUGUCUGGAGGAGAAGCCUGGUGACCGGGGCAAGCUGGCCAGAGCCUCUGGGAACUAUGCCACUGUCAUCUCUCAUAACCCCGAGACAAAGAAGACCAGGGUGAAGCUGCCUUCGGGCUCCAAGAAAGUCAUCUCUUCUGCCAACAGAGCUGUGGUUGGUGUGGUGGCUGGAGGUGGUCGCAUUGACAAGCCUAUUCUGAAGGCUGGCCGUGCCUACCACAAGUAUAAGGCAAAGAGGAAUUGCUGGCCACGCGUGCGGGGAGUGGCCAUGAACCCUGUCGAGCAUCCCUUUGGAGGUGGCAACCACCAGCACAUCGGCAAACCCUCUACCAUCCGCAGAGAUGCCCCUGCUGGCCGGAAAGUGGGUCUCAUUGCUGCCCGCCGGACUGGGCGUCUCCGGGGAACCAAGACUGUGCAGGAAAAAGAGAACUAGGGCUGGGGGCUCAAUAAAGCUUGUCCUUUUCACA